GGUAAUGGUGGGGCCAUAAUGACAUUUCACUCCACAUUCCAUGGAGAUGGCUAAGCCACCUUCAAUGCGGGUAAUGAUCUUGUUCACUACAAAACGCACACUAUCAGACGAAAACGGAUGAAGGUUUCGAGAUUACUCACCAUGCCGGCCGUUGAUCUUGGAGUUGAAGGAAGCUCUUCUGCAAUUCCCGAUAGUUGUUAGAGAAAUCGAGACAGAGAGCUGCCAUGGACGCGAUCGAACACACCACCAUCAACACCAAUGGAAUCAAAAUGCACAUCGCCUCCAUAGGCACAGGCCCCGUCGUUCUUCUUCUCCACGGCUUCCCCGAGCUCUGGUACUCAUGGCGCCACCAGCUUCUCUACCUUUCUUCCGUCGGAUAUCGAGCCAUCGCGCCGGACCUCCGCGGGUAUGGCGAUACCGAGUCCCCGGAAUUGCAUACUUCCUACACUGUGCUCCAUAUCGUCGGCGAUUUGGUUGGGGCUUUGGAUGAGCUUGGGAUUGAGAAGGUGUUUCUUGUAGGGCACGAUUGGGGGGCGAUCAUCGCGUGGUACUUUUGCCUGUUUAGACCAGAUAGAAUCAAGGCGUUGGUGAAUCUGAGCGUCCAGUUCAUACCUAGGAACCCUGCAAUUCCUUUUGUUGAGGGUUUCAGAUCUGCGUUUGGUGAUGACUUCUACAUUUGCAGGUUUCAGGUUCCAGGAGAGGCUGAAGAAGAUUUUGCCUCCAUUGACACAGCUGAGUUAUUUAAGAAAUUUCUCUGUAGUAGAAGAUCAGAUCCUCCAGAACUGCCUAAAGGGGUUGGAGUUCGUUCUAUCCCAUCCCCAGAAAAACUUCCUUCUUGGCUGACAGAAGAAGAUAUCAACUAUUUUGCUACCAUUUUCAAGCGGACAGGCUUUACUGGAGGAUUGAACUACUACAGAGCCUUCGACCUAACUUGGGAGCUGACUGCAUCAUGGACAAAGGCACAGGUUCGAGUGCCGGUGAAGUUCAUCGUCGGGGAUUUGGAUCUGACCUACCAGUUUCCAGGAGCUAAGGAAUAUAUCCACAAUGGGGGAUUCAAGAAGGAUGUGCCGUUUCUGGAGGAAGUGAUAUUAAUGAAAGAUACUGCUCACUUCAUCAACCAAGAAAGGCCACAUGAAAUCAGUACUCACAUCCAUGACUUUAUCAAGAAAUUUUGAACUCCAUCCAUUCUCCAUUGCUUGAAUUGUUCUUUCUUUUUUCAGCGACUUUGAGUAAAGGAUAAUUUUCAUCACAUAUAUGUAGCCGUUUGCA